AGCCUCCAUCACUUUGGUUCCUACCGACACCCAUGAGCGAUAAACCCAACACAUUCACGUUUUAUACUGAGUGUGUGAAUUGGAUAGUCUCUCUUCUAGUUAACUGGUUUAUAUAUAUGAAGAUUUCGUGACAUUUUAAAGACCAGAAAGCGUAUUUAGUGACUGUAUGAAGGAAAAAGUCCAUUGGCGAAGUUCUCGGCUGCGCUCCCUUUAAGAGCUUUGGGUGGAGGUUACGUUAAACCUCAAUGAUGGCAAGUCGUCCACUCAAAGCGAAGUAAACAUGAGACUUUUGGCUGAAAAAUAACAUCUGGAGCCGAACGGUGACACGAAAGAGGCGUCGGUACGAAUAGAUGUGAUCAAGUUUGAGUGUGGAUGCGGUCGUCAUGGUGAAGAAUGUUCCGGAAAGUAAAGAAGCGUCACAGCAGCAGCAGCUCCCAGAGCAGUGAAAUCAGCACCAAGAGCAAAUCUGUGGAGUCCAGUCUAGGAGGGCUGUCCAGGUCCAGCACUGUUGCCAGCCUCGACACAGAUUCUGCCAAGAGCUCAGGGAACAGCUCUGAGGCGUGUGCAGAGUUCAGGGUAAAGUAUGUUGGAGCCUUAGAGAAGAUGAGGUUUGACAUGAGCAGGACUCUCCAGGAGCCUUUGGACCUCAUCAACUACAUCGACACAGCCCAGCAAGAUGGGAAGCUGCCUUUUGUGCCUACAGAGGAGGAGAUGAUUCUGGUUGUGUCUAAGCAUGGAGUCAAAGUGGCCUCAGUUGACCAGUGUGAUGUCUUGCAUCGGCACCCCUUGUACCUAAUUGUCCGAAUGUUGUGUUACGAUGAUGGCCUUGGAGCAGGAAAAAAUCUUCUGGCUCUUAAAACCACAGACUUGAACCAAGAAGAGUGCAGCAUCUGGGUGUACCAGUGCCACAGCUCAGAGCAAGCUCAGGCCAUCUGUAAGGUACUAUCAACGGCAUUUGACUGUGCUCUGGCGUCCGAGAAUGCCGAGAUACUGACCCACCACUCUUGGUCCUCCUCUCCGUCCACCACAAUCACCUCGCCCUCAGAGAAGUGGAGGGGCGGACCCAGUACAGGGCAGUCCGAGUUGAGCGUUAGAGCUCAGGAUAGUGCCGUAGGUCUCAUUGUUGACCAUGAAGGCUCUGUGCUUGUCCUUGAGUCCAUCGCGAGCACUGGAGGGGGUGUAACAGCUGAGGGGGCGGUCCUCUCUGCGCAGCGGGCUGGGCUGUUCCACACAGAUUUCAGUUUGAUGUUUUGUGUUGUAGGUUUGACAAAACGGGAGACACAGCUGAGUCCCAGUCAAAAAUAUCUUGCUAUCAGGAGGAUGCCCAGUCUGCUGGAAUACCUCAGCUAUAACUGUAACUUUAUGGGUAUUCUAGCUGGGCCCACUUGCUCCUACAAUGACUAUAAGGCUUUCAUUGAAGGGACAAAUUACCAGCCUCGGCACCAAGACAAUGCCAAUGGGAAAGAGAAUGGCAAAUGGAAGCAGAGUGAGCCCUCUCCUCAGAACGCCGUGGUGUCCAAGCUGUGCACAUGCGCACUCUCACUGGGCGUGUAUCUGUCGCUGUGUAAGGUGCUUCCAGUGGAACAUGUCAUUAAUGAUGAGUUCCUCUCAUCCGCACCAGUCUAUACACAAGUGGUCUACCUGUACCUGGCCAUGCUGGCGCUCAGACCCAAGUACUACUUUGUGUGGACGCUUGCUGAUGCCAUCAACAAUGCUGCAGGAUUUGGUUUUAAUGGAUAUGACAUAGAUGGCACGCCACGCUGGGAUUUGAUAUCCAACCUCAGAAUUAUGGACAUUGAGUUUGCAACAAGUUUUAAAUUAUUCCUAGACAACUGGAACAUCCAGACAUCCCUUUGGCUAAAACGGGUCUGCUAUGAGAGAUGUCCAAUCAAUCCCACUGCAGCCACCUUCCUGCUGUCAGCCUUGUGGCAUGGAGUUUACCCAGGCUACUACAUGACCUUUGUCACUGGUAUAGUUGUGACGAUGGCUGCACGAGCAGUUCGACACAACAUCAGGCCAUACUUCUUGGUUUCAGAUAGACAUAAAGGAGUGUAUGAUGUCAUGACAUGGGCUGCUACACAAGUUGCCAUCAGCUACACAGUAGUGCCGUUUGUCCUCCUUGCUGUGGGACCAUCGCUAAAAUUCUACAGGUCGUGGUACUUCUGCCUCCAUGUCCUGUGUGUUCUUUUGGCCAUGGCUCUGCCUGUGAAGAGGCGCCGCCCACUCAAACAGCAGGACCCUCAGGCGGAACACAGCAGCACAGACAACAACUGCAACCAGAAGGACAAGAGCUCAUGAGACUGACCCCCUGCACUGGGACAAGCACCGGGCUGUUUACAAAGAACCAAAUAUCUGACGGACAGAGAAUCACAAACACAAGAAAUGUCUUGUCAAAUCGUCCUGUAGCAAGGAUUAUAACGACUCCACUUUUGACUCAGAUAUGGGAUAAAUCACAUGAGCGCAUUGUAUAAAGUUAAAGACAAACUGACUCAGUGUUGCCUUGAACCCUCUGUGUACUGGCCAAAGAUGGCUGCGGUGUAUGUGGAGGAUUUCAGUCACUCUCUGCAGAUAAGUGUUUUGUGGUGAAACGAGAAGUGUUUUCAUGUUCAACAAACAACUGUUAUUAUCAGCUGCCAAUUACAAACAGGCCUUACGAUCCUUACAGCUUAGUUUGGUUCUGUCUUUUUUUUUUAUUUAACUGAAGAUUAAUUCAUGUUGUAUGUGUUUUUGUAUGUAGAUGUUUGUGAUAACACUGUUUGAAAUCCAUUUGAACUUUCAUUUUAACUCGAAAGAUUGUGAAUCAUUAGGCUUCUCAAGUAGGAUACAAAUAUUCUCUUACUUUAGUUGUCUAAAAUAUGCACUCAAGUGUCACUUCAUGGGUUUGUAAUUUUAUCAUUUCAUAUCUGCUGCUUUCUGACCAAUGUUAACUUAUCAUUUCCAUGUUUUGAAGGGAUAUUAUUUACCCCACUGUCUUGUAUACUACUUAUUUCUGACUGUGUAAAAUUUCUAAAACUUUAUAUAUGUAAAAGUGGGGAAAAGCAAUUGCUUGUUUACAUCACUGGAUAAGUAGACAUGCUCCAAUUUUGGAACUGUGCAAUUUGUCAUUGGACUUUGAGGGAAGAUGAGUCUGUAACAUUGUAAUAGUCUGAAUGCAGUGGAGUUGUCCAGGUCAUGAUUGUUGUAAAGUGGCUUCUUCACUCUAUGGGGCCACACACUGGGUUUUAAAUAGUUUCAGUCUUUGUCCAGUCACUGUAUCAUUCCAUCUUGUCCUGCCAUUGAGAUGCCAAAAUCCUUUGCCACUCUGUGAUUCAUGUCGCUGUACUUUGUGUGUUACACAGCGGUCACCUUUCAGACAUCUUUUUUACGUUUUUAUGAACAAACAUUUGUGGAGCUCCAUGUUUUCCAUUUUGGUGCAGUUGUGUUGUGUAGUAUUCCUGCCAUUAUGGUGUUGGUAUUCAUGUGGCUGGUAGCUCUUGUAGCCCGGGCCUGACAAAUUAAAGGGACCCUCUGAAGGGAAACAGAUGUCAUUUUCCGAACAGCAAUUCUUGCACUGCAUGGCCCCCAAACCAGCACAAUGCAAAGUGCUCCAUGUGUUAAAAAGUGCCAAAUCCUAACUGGCACAACCUUAGUUAUCUGUCUGAAAGCCUGGGGUGAGCGUGCACAUGUUUAUGUCGUAUGUAUGUGUCUGCUAACAUAAGUUAUUUUUGUGUGGGGAAAAAGGAAAUUUAUUGAAAGAUUUGUAUAACAGUACAUUUAAAUCCUCACUUAUGUGGAAAAUAAAGAGAAUUAUUUUUAAACACAAUGAAA